GACGCAAACAAGCGGUGGCAUUGGGUUUGGGCUGGUGCCUUGAGAUUCUUAAAGCAUGGAUGACGUGGCUUUGUUAUCACCGUUGAAAGAAGUGAAAUUUUUUUAAAACGCGUAAAUGCCGCACAAUGACGAGAAAGACUCUCUUCCGGCUUAAUAAAAUAAAAAAGUAAUAUAACAAGCAUUUGGGAGAAAAAGGAAUAACUGAAUAGUAUGCAAGAUGCAACCGUGAACCGACUAUCAACCUCCUAAUGACUUGUGAAUCUAGACAAUUUGCCAGCUGGCUCUUCUCUAUCUGUCUCCCUCACUCACGAGAAUGUUAUAACAAAAGAGCAAAUUGGAGUGAGUGAAGCAAGGUGAAUUGGAGAGGAGUAGCUAAUCCGUCCCCGACUGGCGACUGCAGCCCAAUUACUUGCUUCCAUUCCUCUUUCCCAUUUCUUUUCCAUACCCACUCUUCCUCAUUUGUCUCCGGAUUUCUCGAUUUUGUUUCAUUUAACAUCUGUAGUUGCUUCGAUCUAGGGGUUGUGUUUUCAUCCACAUUCUGGCUCCGCUUUUUUCCUCCUUCGAGACAUUGUUCCGAUCUGGUAGGUUACUGGGGGUUUUCGAAUUUUGACGUAUCCGUUCAAUCUUGUACUCCCUUCUCCUCGUUAUUGCGGCCUCUUUACUCUACUAGGGUUUCUUUCUCGUCUCCCGAGCUGUCUUUCUGUAUUGUCUUUUCCCUUCCCCCUGUCUUUUACACUGAUAAACAUAGAUCUCUCUCUGCUUCUCCUUCCCGUACUUUUGCAAUUCAAUUCCUUAAAAGCCGCAUUUCAUUCUGUGGAGUUUUAUCAGCAUUGGUAGGUGGUUCAUCCAGCAGAUCUUUCAUCUUUCUUCGUUCCUGGACCAUGGCGAGAUUUGUGCGGCUCUCUAUCUCUGUGCUUCUACUUCUGCUUUUUGCUGGUUUCACCAUUUCUGUAGAUCCUCCUCAGAUCUCACCGGCUCCUGCGCCUGACACCGAAAACUUGGCUCCCUCUCCCCCACCCCUUUCCCCCGCCAACGAAGCUCCCUCAUCUGCACCUUCUAUCCUGGCUCCUUCACCGGACGUCAGUUCUCCUCCCGCGCCUCCGCCAUCAGAUCAGGCUCCCGUUUCUUCGCCCACUCCGUCUCCUGCUCCAUCACCGUCCGUCGCCAGCGACGUUAAUCACAAGAGCGAAGGUGUGAGCUCCAGCACUGCUGCAGAGUCCAAAGGCUCCUCUGGCGGAUUGAAAGCUGGACACAAGGCCGGAAUAGCCAUCGGACUCGUCAUUGUCGCUUGUAUAGUCGGUUUAUUUGUUUUCGUUUACAAGAAACGCCAGGAUAACACCCGACGAGCGCAGUACGGGUACGCCGCGAGGAGAGAACUUCUCUGAGUAUGAGAUGGUUACAAUGUUCACUUCAUGGAUACGUAUCAUUAUUUUUUCUAUUUAGAGAUGAACCUGAUGAUGUUGAAAAGACGAUAAUUCGUUCUAUUCUUUUAGCGUACGUAGUGGCAUUGUUUUUCUUUCUGUCGAGAGACAAAAAUCUCCAUGUAUUGGUGAGCUCUGUAUUGAUGGACAAUUUGGUUAUGAAAAAUUGGGAUUCGAAUUUCUUUUUAGGUUCACUCA